AUGGGUAAUAAUAAUUCAUCAAAUCAUCUUGCAAUUGAUCUUACUGAUACAUCAAUAUCAACAAAUGAUGAUAUAUUUAAAGUUGAUAAUAUUAAUUCUUAUGGGCGAAAACAUGCAUCAGCAAAAAUUCAUGUGUCAAAUGAUAGUUUAUGUAUAAGACAAAAACAUCGACAAUCAUUACACGUUCCAUUAGAGACAAUCAAACGCUAUGGUUUAGAUGGUUCAAUAUUUAUUCUUGAAUGUGGUCGUCGUGCACCACUUGGUCAAGCACGUUAUGCAUUUCGUUGUAAACAAGCACAUCGUCUUGUUGAUUGUUUAGAUCAACGUAUAGCAAUUCGUUCAAAACAAUUACUAGAACAACAACGAUGCGGAACAAUUAUAUCGUCUUCAUCUACUUUAACAAAUGUUUCAUCAACAUCACGUAAUCAUAAUCAUCUUCAUCAUCGACGACGACGAACACAAUCAGAUCAAGGUGUAACACGUCGUGUACCAUCAUCAAUUUUUUAUUCAUCAUCAUCAUCAUCUUCGUCAUCAAUUUCAUUAACUUCAGGAGCUACAUUUUCUUAUCGAAAUUCUGAACCAAAUUUAUCAGAAAAUUAUAUACCUUUUGAUACACUUCCUUGCCAAAGAGAAACACACAAUAAUAAUAAUCAAGAAGAAGACGAAGAGGAAGGACAAUUUAUUGCAAGACUUAAACAACCUGUUGAAAGAGAAAUUUCUCCAGAACUUAACUAUGUUGAAUUAAAAACAGAAUCAACACCAAUUUCAACGAACGAAGGGGGUAUUUCAACAGAAUCAAAAAUACCUAUUACUGCGGACGAACCACAUAUUGAAUCAAAGCAAGAAUUUCCUGUUCAACAAUCAUACAAACGAACUAUUUUAUCAUUUUUUAAUCAUCAUCAACAAUCUAAUUCAAAUCAAACUAAUACAAUUAAUCGAAAUAAUUCAUCAACAACGACUAAUUCAACAUCCAAAUCAUCAUCAACAACAGUACCUUAUGUAUAUAUUGAUCAUGAGAAAACAAUAACAUUAAAAGAAAUUGCAAAUGAACGUUUACAACAACAAGCUCGUCGUAUUGAAGUUUAA